CGCUGUGAAACGUCAAACAUCCCUAAAGACUUUCAGUAGAGUUGGGCUCAGAAUAAAAUAUGUCGAAAUCAAAUAUCUGUGUUGGGUUUUAAUCGACAUCAAAUAGAUUCACUGUGUGUCUCUGAUAAAGUUACGGAUUUUGUUCAUCACUUUAACCUGAGAAGUUUUUAUUUUCAAAAUGAUAGAACCUAACAGCAUUAAUUUGUCAUCCUGUCGAAUAUGUUUAUCGAACAAGAGACCCUUGUGUCCAUUAUUUAAAUAUAAGCUUUCUGGGAAUUAUGCAGAAAUGCUUACAGCAAUAGCAGACGUUAAGGUUUCCUCAAAUGAUGGCUUACCUGAGAAAAUAUGCAACAAAUGUUGUACAUCUUUGGAAAAGGCUUUCCUUCUCAAAAACGUUGCAGAGAGGUCUGAUCGUGAGUUAAGAAAACUUAUUGCAAAAGCGAGUAGAAAUGUGCCAACUAAAAAAAUUGCAUUUGAUUCUUUUACUGAUAUUAAAAGUGAAAUUGGACCUUUAACCAUUAAAAAUGAACCAAAAUGGGAAAUGGAAAUAGAUGUCCUCGAUAACCCUAAUGAAGUGGUGAAAGUUGAAACUAUUGAUGGUAAAGAUAUUGUUAUAGCAGAUACAGUUAUAAGGAAAGUGGAGUCCGGAAAUGGCUUUAAUAUAUCUCGCGAAAAUUCACAGACUUUCAAUAUUGAUGCUGAAUAUUUAGAUGAUGACAUAUAUCAAGAUGAUGAUGAUGAUGAUUAUGUCCCGCCUUCAGAGAAGCCCAAGAGUAAAUUUAAAAAGCCAAAGUUGUCAGAAAUUAAGGUGUUUAAGGCUAAAAAACCAGUUGUAAAAAAAGUAAGGGUUGUUAGACAAUUUAAACAUGAUCAUGAUGAUUCUUCAGGUGGCGAUGAAAAGAAAUCUACUACUAUUACUUGUUAUCCAAUAAUGAAAAAUGGUGCAAAAGGACCACCCAUACUCUUGAAGAGACCAAAAGAUGCUACAUUAUUAAAAAUUCAUCCAAAUUACAAAGCCAGAACUUCAGGAAAGUCUGAUAGUAGGAUAAUAAGACGAGAUAUUUCUAUAAGAAGGGUGAAAAAUACAAAGCCUAUUUCAAAAGAAAGAGAAAAGCUUGUAUGUCCAGUCUGUGGUAUACUGACAUAUACUCUUGGCAAUCAUAUAGCAACUCAUGAAGAAAAAAAGAAGUACACUUGCUCUGAUUGCCCACGAUCCUUUGUACAAAAAAGUAAUUUAUUAGUUCACCUUAAACAGCAUACUGGAAUUAAAGACCAUAUUUGUGAAAUUUGUGGUGCAGGGUUCUACACACAGAAAUCACUAGUGAGACAUAACCUGAUUCAUAAAGGAGAGAGACCAUUUCAAUGCAAUUUGUGUUCCAAAAAAUUUAUUGCACGUUGUGAUCUGAACCGUCAUCUUCGUAUUCACGCUGGAUACAAACCAUUCAAGUGCGCGACCUGCACCAUGUCUUUCAAUGCGAAGCACCAACUGCAGAAUCAUGAGCGUAUGCACACCGGCGAACGCCCUUACUCCUGCCAAGUCUGCAGCGUGGCGUUCAGUUACAAGGUGAACCUGAACAACCACGUGUUCAAAGUCCACGGCAUCAACCUGAAAUUCAAGUCGAUCCACACCGUGACCGACGAAGUGCUGAGACGGGAGAUGGGCAUGCUGAACGAGGCGCGCGAGGCCAUCGCGCACAUCAUGCCGCAGCUCGGGGACGUGCCCACGCCGGCCGCGCACGAGACCGUGCACCACACGACGGACUACAGUGUGUAGCGUGACUAGUGUGCGUCGGCGUGUGUUGAAUUGUUCUACUUAGUUCGUCGGUCGCGUGAUAUACCGACCCGUCGGCUGAUCGGCGAGUUUUGUGAAAAAAUAUUGAUGUGCCGAGAGGUGUCCUCGUUCGUCGUACAUGAGAAGGAUAUCAUAUUUUUUUAUUUAAAUAAAUAUGUAGUCUACCAGAAAAUUGUGACCUAUAUUUCUGUGAUGUUGAAACUUCCAUUUAAGAACUUGUUUUAAUCCAAUACUAAAAGUGUAGUUAAAUAUAUUUUUAUAGUUUAGCAAUUUUAUAAGAAAGAAUUGAGCUGAAAUUAUGCGCAAUCCUAAGUCAAAGACAAAUGAAUACGAUUAACGUAAGAAGUUUCAAUAAUUUAAUUGGUUAUCAGUAUGUAUCCAAUUGUUAAAGAGAAGCUGAGAAAAUACUGAAAUACUUAAAAAUAUAUUUUAGGGCUUCUAUAAAAUAACUUAGGAAACAAUAAAUUCGUCAAUAUGAUACUGCCUCCCAUUAUUAUUAUUCUUUGUAUAUAAUUUUGACCAUAUUUCAUACAACAUGUACAUAAUUAUUAGUUUAAGACGUUGAAAAGGUUGUGUUUUAAAAUAUGAGAAGUCAAUUUUUUUUUCAUUUUAAAACCUAAAUAUGGUUUACUUAUGAAAGUUUUGAUUAGUUAUAAAUAU